CCCUCUGGCCGUGCCCAGUGACAACGAGGACUGUCUGGUCCUCAACAUCUUCUCCCCAAGCAAUCUCCUCAACUCUUCUCUCCCCGUCAUGGUCUUCCUUCACGGAGGAGGCUUUGGAGUCGGCUCUGGCUCCCCCAGCUUCUACGGUCCUCAGUACCUUGUCAGCCAUGGGAUAUGUGUCGUCACUUUGAACUACAGACUUAACGCUUAUGGAUUCCUUAACCUGGGCAUUCAGGAAGCACCAGGAAAUGCAGGUUUGAAGGACAUCAGAGCAGCUUUGAGAUGGAUCAGAGAUAAUAUUGCUAGUUUUGGAGGAGAUCCAGAUAAUGUUACGGUAUUUGGACAAGGAAGCGGCGGUAUUGCAGCACUGUAUUUGACUCUAUCUGAAUCCACGAAAGGUCUCUUCCAUAGAGUGAUUUCAGAGAGCGGGACUAUGUUUUCACCGCAUUCGUUUGAUGGUUACCCCCUGACCACUGCCAGUCAAGUAGCAAAAGCUCUAGGUGUCAACACAGUAGACCCUGAAGAAUUACUGAACAUCUACUCAGAGGCAUCGAUCCUCAAAGUAGAAGAAGCUAUAUCGAAACAGAUGAACCCGAAAACGGUCUUCUUGCCAUCAGUUGAAGAAGAAUUCGAAGAUGAAGAACCUUUCCUGACUGAUACUCCUUACAAUAUCUUAAAGAACAAAGAUUUCCAUGCAGUUCCCAUCAUAAUAGGGUUGAAUACCGUCGAAGGUUUGACUAGCACGUUAGACUACAACACAGUCACGAGUCAAAUGGACAGGAUCAAGAACGAAGAUUUCUCGUGUUUAGACCAACGUAGUCUCGACAUCCCUAAAGAAGAAAAGGAAGAAUUCAGGAAGACUUUGAAAGACACGUACUUUGCAAGCAUCGAUUCUGACGAAACUGUCAUUGGGGGUAUCAUCAAUCUAAACUCUGACUUCUCUUUCGUUGGUCCUAUGUCUCUAUUCACGGAAAUGUACGCGAAUUCAUCAACUCCUGUGUAUCAGUACAUCUUUAAUUACAUUGGCAACAGGAACUUGGGUAGGCUGUUGACGAACAGCAGUUUGCUGGCUACUGCCAACCAGGAUGAGCUGUUCUAUAUCUUUGAGCUGGAGAGACUUCCGCUGCCGAUGGACGAGGAAGAUGCCCGAAUGGUCACGUUUAUGACCAUGAUGUGGUCUAACUUUGCUAAGUUUGGGUCGCCCACCCCUGAGCCCGGUAACGGAGAAUGGCUACCAUACCCUCAUCACCUGGCCAUAGACUUGGAACCCCAAUACGUGAACCCACUGACGCCCGAGCGAGCGUACUUUUGGCGCGCUUUCUACCUCAAAUAUGGCGUUGACAUGCCAAAAGCGCGGGAAGAUUAACCGCCAUUUU